AUGCAGCCGGAGAUCACGAGCCAUGAUGAUGAAUUGCAAGAUGUCAGUAGCAAGGAGUGGGAGUUCAUCGACAUGUCGGAGGAAGAGGAAGACCUCAUCUACAGGAUGUAUAGGAUCGUCGGCGACAGGUGGGCGCUCAUAGCAGGUCGAGUCCCAGGAAGGACGCCGGAGGAGAUCGAGAGGUUCUGGAUCAUGACCCACGGUGAAUGUUUCGAGGAGAAGAAGCGGAGGAGACAGCGGAGGGUGGCGUUGGACUGAUUCAACACGAGCUGCUGCUGUGUACGUUUUGGGGGUGUACUGCUCUUUUCCUUUCUUGAAGGCCAUGGCAUGGCAUGUUGGCAUCGUCCGAACCGCUACCCACCGACCACCUCUGCCUACUUCUCAUCGUUCCGUGGACUGCAUCAAUGAAAGAAAAGUUUCCCUGGUGAGAGAUGAAGCUCG